AUGUUGGCCACUCGCUCCGUAUUGAAGACAGUUGCCCAAAACCCUGUCGUUUUCAGAAACAUCACUUCUGUUCCUGCAUUCGGCGUUAGACACUUUAAUGCCACUCGCAAGGCUCAAGAACAAUGUGCUGCUGCCGAAUCUGAACUUUUACGUCAACAACGUAAGCUUCGUCCCGUUUCUCCUCACUUGACUAUCUAUCAACCUCAAAUUACUUGGUACUUAUCCGCUGCACACAGAGUUACUGGUGUUGCUGUUGGAGGAGUUUUUUACUUGAGUGCCCUUGCCUACUUGGCUGCACCUGCACUUGGUUACACUGUCGAUACCGCUAGCAUUGUUUCUGCUGCUGCUGCUGCUCCCUUCGCUGCAAAGGUUGUUGCCAAGACCACUUUAGCUGCUCCCUUUGUCUUCCACAGUCUUAACGGUGUCAGACACUUGCUUUGGGAUGUUGGAAAAUGCCUUGAUAUUAAGAGCGUCUACACCACUGGUUAUGCUGUCUUGGCAGGAACCGCCGCUGGAUCAUUAUACUUGGCCCUUAUGUAA